CCCACCGUUCACGCACUAGCUUGUCAUUUACCUGGACGGCGAUCAUUCGGGAUUUAUUGUUUUUUUAAAACAGGAACGGGACAGGCAACUUUGCUCUGUGUGAACUGAAUGUCACCGGGAGCACAACGGACCGGCCUCGAACAUUCUUUUUUUAUUCGCUCAGGACACUAAUGUGAAAGAGACCGCCAGAAUGCAGAAUAUCUCUUGUCCGACAGAAGUGCCAUUAGCUCUUGAUUGCCUAAAGAGUCUGGACACAUUCGGGAUUCUUUUGCGUUCAGGACUCACUCUGAUGACAUUCAUCUCCUUGUUGGUCUAUACAGAAGAAGUGGUGUACUUCUUCCAAAAAUUUCCUAAUCCAAAAAAGACAUCAAUUAUAUGGGUGACUGGAGCUGCUCCAGUGAUUGGAACCGCUGCGUGCUUUGGCAUGUGGAUUCCCCGGUCCACCUUGAUUACAGAUUUAACAUCUGCCACGUACUUUGCAAUUGUAAUCCACAAGUUCCUGAUAAUGAUGAUUGAAGAGUGUGGCGGCGAUGACGAAUUCUUGGAGCGCUGUGCAAAUGAUACACUAAAGAUCAGCACUGGACCCUGCUGCUGUUGCUGUCCCUGCUUGCCUUAUCCUAAAAUAACAAGGCGGACGCUGUUUUGGCUGAAGCUGGGAACUUUUCAGUUUGCACUCUUACGUCUGGUCUUCACUUUACUCUCAAUCGUCUUGUGGACCAAUGGCAACUUUGAUGCUUAUGAUCUCUCGAUAACUUGCGCUACAAUAUGGAUUAAUCCUUUUGUGGGGAUACUUACAAUCAUUGCACUCUGGCCAGUAGGCAUUAUGUUUAAACAUCUUGCACCAGUACUGAAAAGUAAAAAUAUUAUUGCAAAAUAUGCACUGCAUCAGUCUAUUCUCAUUUUAAGUCAACUCCAAGCUUCUAUCAUUAACAUUCUGGCAAUGAAUGGAGUCAUCGCUUGUUCACCACCAUUUUCCUCAAAUGCCAGAGGAACAGCCAUGAACCAGCAACUCCUCAUCAUUGAAAUGUUCAUAAUCACAUUGACAUCACGAGCCUUCUACCGGAGGAGAUAUGAAGAACUAAACUCUGUUGACCAGCAUGAAGAAGACAACCAAGGAAAUGCCAAGAUCCAACUCAAUGGACCUCCUUUGGAUGGACAGGAUUAUGCCUAAUGUGUGCAAGUUUCUGUAAAACUGUACAAUUUAGUGGAAUUUUCCCUGAAGGGAGGUCACUGGAAAGCGCUAUCUGUGAAAGGAGAAUACCAAAGCAGAGGCAUUUUUUGGGAAAACCCAAGAAGAUAUAUUUUACUAAUCAUACAGCACAAUACAUUUUAUAUUUUAACUAAAAAAAGGAAUUGCUAUGACUUUUGAGGAGCAUUUAUUUCAGUUUAUUAUUAUUUUUUUUACUUACUUUUGUUGCCUUUCUUGCAUUUCAUUUUCUACCACCAGAGAAGCACUUGGUUAAGAAUAUCUUCUUCCCUUCAUGGCACUGACAGUAAGGCAGCUGUGGAAAAAUGUGGUGUGCAAUCACUCUUCUCUCAGUAUCAUGCUGUGGAAAUCCUGGAUUUUUUUUUUUUUUUUU